CGUGGGAGAUUGGAGCAUAGCAAUUGGCCAAAAAAAACCCCCAUUGUUCCCAUAGUUUAUUAAACAGAGAGUCAAGGUCUAUAUAGGAUGCCAUUGCCAGCUAAGCUUGAAGAACAGCUGAGAGGGCAAAAUUGUAAAAAUCUAAGAAAGCGAAGUGUUCCAACUUGCCAGCAACAAUAACACACACCGCCGUGGCCUUUUUGAGUCAGCCAGUCAGUCACAGAGAGAGAGAGAGAGAGAGAGAGUGAGUAAGAAACAAAGAAAGCAAACAGACAGAGAGAGUGACUGAAAGAUUGUAGAACAAGGAAACCUCAUCAAAAAAACAAAUAUAUAUUUGGUAAAAGCAGUAGUUGUUGUUGUUGUUGUUGUGGUCUCAGUUGCAGUUACAGUUAGCGCUUUCUCUGCCUGCCUGCUGUUACUAAUCGUUCGUUGUUGUUGUUGUUGUUGCUUUUUAUUCAAAGUUCAAACAACCUCUUAACAACCUCCAUUACCACCACUACCUAGCUAGAUAUUCCACAACAUUCACCUUGUUGCUAUAUCAUUGUCCUCUUCGUCUCAAUCAAUCUCCCAAAUGAUCAGACCAAAUUCCUAACUGAAUUAACAUUUGCUAGCUACUCUACCCACCUCUCUUCUGUUUUGUUCUCUUUCUGUUCCUCAUUUCUUUGAAGUGAAACCAACGACGCAUGGAAGCAUCUGAGAAUUGUAGUGUUAAGGUUGCUGUUCACAUACGGCCCCUCAUUUCCGAUGAGCGCCUUCAAGGUUGUAAAGAAUGUGUUACUAUCACACCCGGGAAACCUCAGUUACAGAUUGGCUCUCAUUCCUUUACAUUUGAUCAUAUCUAUGGAAACGGUGGAUCUCCUUCAUCUGCCAUGUUUGAAGAAUGCAUUGCUCCACUUGUUGAUGGUUUAUUCCAAGGAUAUAAUGCUACUGUACUGGCCUAUGGUCAGACAGGAUCUGGGAAAACAUAUACCAUGGGGACUAGCUUCAAGGACGGUUGUCCGACAGGACUGAUUCCACAAGUUAUGAAUUCACUAUUCAACAAGAUUGAAAUAUUGAAGCAUCAAACAGAAUUCCAGUUGCAUGUUUCUUUCAUCGAGAUCCUGAAGGAAGAAGUAAUGGACUUGCUGGAUUCUGUAUCUAUUAGCAAAUUAGAGACUGCUAAUGGGCAUACUGGAAAAGUUUCUGUUACUGGGAGGCAGCCAAUUCAAAUUCGUGAAACCUCAAAUGGAGUUAUAACACUAGCAGGAUCAACUGAAAUUGCUGUUAGUACAUUACAGGAAAUGGCCACUUGCCUGGAGCAAGGAUCUUUAAGCAGGGCAACUGGGAGUACAAAUAUGAACAACCAGUCCAGUCGGUCACAUGCUAUCUUCACAAUCACAUUGGAGCAGAUGCGCAAAAUCCAUUCAGAUGUUCCUGGCUGUGACUUCCCGGAGGAGGAUAUGGGUGAAGAAUAUUUUUGUGCAAAGCUCCAUCUGGUAGAUCUUGCUGGAUCUGAACGCGCUAAAAGAACAGGUUCUGAUGGUCUUCGUUUGAAAGAAGGUAUACACAUAAAUAAGGGACUUCUUGCACUUGGUAAUGUCAUUAGUGCAUUAGGGGAUGAGAAAAAGCGGAAAGAGGGUGUGCAUGUCCCUUACCGAGACAGCAAACUAACUCGACUGUUGCAGGAUUCACUUGGUGGAAACAGCAAGACUGUCAUGAUAGCAUGCGUCAGUCCUGCUGACAUCAAUGCUGAGGAAAGUCUUAACACACUCAAAUAUGCGAAUCGUGCCCGCAAUAUUCAAAAUAAGCCUGUUGUUAAUAGAGAUUUAAUAUCCAAUGAGAUGCAAAAGAUGCGGCAGCAGCUAAUGAACUUACAGGCAGAGCUUGGUGCUCGUGGGGGAGGAGCACCAUCAGAUGAAGUGCAGGUUCUCAGGGACCGGAUUGCUUGGCUUGAGGCUACCAAUGGGGAUCUUUGUCGAGAACUUCAUGAAUACCGCAGUAGAUGUGGUGUCAUACAGCAUGAUGUAAUAGAUGAUCAAGAAGGCCACUUCGGUUUUACAAAAAGUGAUGGACUUAAGAGGGGCUUUCAGAGCAUAGACUCAUCUGAUUAUCAGAUUGUUGAAACCAUAUCAGGUGAAAGUCCCAGGGAAUUUGAUGAAGUAACUAAAGAGUGGGAGCAUGCACUUCUGCAAGAUACAAUGGACAAAGAGUUAAAUGAAUUGAACAAACGUUUGGAGCAGAAAGAGUGUGAGAUGAAGCUUUUUGGUGGCAUUGAUACUGAAGCACUCAAGCAGCACUUUGGGAAGAAAAUCACAGAACUUGAGGAAGAAAAAAGAAUUGUGCAGCAAGAAAGGGAUCGUUUGUUGGCAGAAGUUGAGAAUCUUGCUGCCAAUUCUGAUGGGCACACACACAAAAUGCAAGAUAAUCACGCUCAAAAACUAAAAGGGCUUGAAGCACAGAUUUUAGAUCUUAAGAAGAAACAAGAAAGCCAGGUCCAACUCUUGAAGCAAAAACAAAAAAGUGAUGAAGCAGCAAAGCGCCUGCAAGCUGAAAUACAGUAUAUAAAGGCUCAGAAAGUUCAGUUGCAGCAUAAGAUAAAACAAGAGUCAGAACAAUUUCGACAAUGGAAGGCUUCUCGUGAGAAGGAAUUGCUUCAGCUAAGGAAAGAGGGAAGGAGAAAUGAGUAUGAACGACAUAAACUCGAAGCUCUGAAUCAGCGCCAGAAAAUGGUUCUUCAGAGAAAGACAGAAGAGGCUGCUAUGGCAACCAAACGGCUGAAAGGGUUGUUGGAAGCUCGUAAGCCUGCUGCACGUGACCACUCAGUGACAUCCAACGGACAUACACAGACUGGACAGGGAAAUGAAAAAUCUUUGCAAAGGUGGCUUGAUCAUGAGUUGGAAGUCAUGGUGAAUGUGCAUGAAGUUCGUUUUGAAUAUGAAAAGCAAAGCCAAGUACAAGCUGCACUGGCAGAAGAGUUGGCCAUAAUGAAACAAGUGGAUCAGUUUUCUUCUAAUGGGCCAAGUCCCCCAAGAGAGAAGAGUGGAUAUUCCAGACUGUUAUCCAUGUCACCAAAUGCAAGAAUGGCAAGGAUAGCUUCUCUGGAGAAUAUGCUGAACAUGACUUCAAAUGCAAUUGUGGCAAUGGCUUCACAACUUACAGAGGCAGAAGAAAGGGAUCGUGCCUCAAUUGGUCGUGGACGUUGGAACCACUUACGCUCAAUGGGAGAUGCUAAGAACUUGCUUCACUAUAUGUUUAAUUCUGCUGCGGAAGCAAGGUGCCAGUUGUGGGAAAAGAAUGUGGAGAUUAAGGAAAUGAAAGAGCAGCUGAAAGAUCUUGUAUCUCUGCUACAACAAAGUGAAGCACAGAGAAAAGAACUCAUAAAGGAGCAAAAAAUGAGGGAACAAGCUGUUGCAAUUGCCUUGUGUUCAUCAGCUUCGGGAAAUUCACGCACUUCAUUGAAACACUUUGCGGAUGAUAUGAGUGGCCCCUUGUCUCCAAUGUCUCUUCCAGCACCAAAGCAACUGAAGUUCACACCUGGAAUUGUUAAUGGAUCAGUUAAGGAGUCAGCAACAUUUGUAGACCAGACACGAAAGAUGGUACCUAUGGGACAAUUGUCAAUGAAGAAACUAGCAGCUGUAGGACAAGCUGGCAGACUCUGGAGGUGGAAGAGAAGUCACCAUCAGUGGCUAGUACAGUUCAAAUGGAAGUGGCAGAAGCCAUGGAGACUCUCAGAAUGGAUCAAGCACAGUGAUGAGACAAUCAUGAGGUCAAGGCCACGACCACAAGCUCUGGUUGGAUGAUGUGAUAACCUCUGAAUUCAUCAUCUUUUUUUUUUUGGUGUACAUACAUUGACUGCUAUAUACAAUCCAGGAUGUGGCCCGGUGGAAAUAUCAAUAGGUGAUCUUUCUCUUCAUUUUUCCCCCUCCAAACUUGUCAAAAUUUUUACCAUUGAUGACAGAAAGUGAUGUAGAAGCCAUAAAACCUUGAAUCGAUUGAGUUCAGUAGUUCACCAGAACAAGGAAAAACUCUAAAGAGAAAUUUAUCAUAUUUUCCAAAUAAUUAUCCUACUACUAGGACUCUAUUUUGACCAAUAAAACCCCACAACCUCCUGAAGCAAAGGAAACCAAAAUCUGACAAUUUCGAAAAAUACAAAAUAAUAAUUAGAAGCCUUCCAUUGGUAGAGAUUGAGCCCUGUAUCUUGUCAGUAUUCUUAUUCCUUUGCUGAGUUGUUAGAUUUCUUACAGUCCCAUGAGUUUAAAAUGUAGAAGGUCAAGCGCUGCUACACAUAUUGCCAUGUUUUUCCAAAGAGAAAUCACAUGAUUUGUCACUAAAAUGACUUCAUAUAUAUAUAGAUAUAUAUAGUGAACAUGUGCAUUGUGCUGACUUGAGCGGCCAACUUCAGUGGCCACCAUCAGCUGUCUUUCAACCAGACCAGUUCCACUAGCAGUGUAAGUUUAUCCUAAUCAAUAAACUUCACUUUUUUUUACCCUAUAUGGACACAGGCAUCUCAUGAAGUGAAAGGAGGAGAUUGGAGUUUUCCAUGGUCUUUUGGUUGAGACAUUGAUUGGAUUUGGGGUAUCUUCGACUAUUUUCUGGAUUUGAUUGGUAAAGAUUACAUGAGAAGCACUUCUCAGGCUGGCAUGUUGACAGCAAUCAUAGGAAAAGGCAGAUGUUGAGUGAAAGAGUUGCAUAGGCCACAGAUGUAUUUUGUGAUGCUACUGUAUCUUUUUUUUUUUUUUAACAAGCUACUGUAUCAUGUUGAUGUAUUUCGUUUUUUCUUGUUUUUGUACAUUGUGUAUGUCUGUAGUGUUUCCUUUUUGUGAAGAAGAUAGUCAAGAUUAGAUUAACAGUUAGUCAAAGUAGAUUCCAA